AUGAGCCAAUGUCACCAGGACAAUCGGAUGGAGGAGAACAUGAUCUUUGAUGGAGAUUUCUUCGAUAGUGGCGGAUGGCACCAGAAGGAGCACACUUUGAAAUCCAAGGAGGUCACGAAGUUGGAGUUUGCCGGCAACGACAUCUUCCGGGGCAUUUGUGGGCUGGUCUGGUAUGUAAGCGAGAAGAGCUUAGAUACCUACUUCAGCCUCGUCUUCUCCAACCCCAUCGCCGGGAAUGCUACAUUCAAUGCCUGGGCCGGGCCACCACCUGCUGAGCUUUUACAGGAGAUGUGGGCUGCGCCAGCUGUUCCCGAGAAGGGCGUCCAGGUACCACCUGGGACCGGGUGCGCCUGGAAUGUCUUGGAGCAGGGCAACGUGAUCCACAUCCGCCUCAUCAUUCUGGCAGAGCUCUCCGCCAUGGACCCCUCCGCCUACCCGCCCACCCCUGACGUCACCAGCCCCACUUCUCCUGCCAAGGUGGAGGUAGAGCCACAGCAGGUCCUUUCGGACUCCACGGCCAUCGUUCCAGUCGCGCCCAGCACGGAGGAAGAGGAGGCAGCUACCGGAGUGGAGAAGAUCUUGAGCUCCACCCGACCUCGGGAUGUCUUCGAUGGGGUUGGGAGUGGCUUGAAGGUGGCCGGUGCCGCCGUGGUCGCGGGCACCGGCGCGCUGAUCGCUGCGCCAGUGCUUGGCGCCAGGGAGGAGGGCGUCAGCGGCUUUUUCAAGGGUCUUGCCACUGGUGCCUUUGGCGCGAUUGCCGUGACCUUGACGGGCGCCGUGGCUGGUGCCACGCAGAUCGCCCGGGGGGUCUACAACACCCCAGAGGCGCUCCAGAUGAGCCUCCAGGCGAACAAGCGCUGGGAUGCAGAGCAGGGCCUUUGGGUGGAUGACUGCUGCAACCUGCGGAAGGAGGCCGCUGAGGCCGAGGCCAUGGGUGAUGAGAGCUCUGACGACGAGCAGCCGGACGACGGCCGACCAGCUCGAAAGGUGGCGGACACAAGCUUCUAUGACAUUCUGGAGGUCAAGCCCAAUGCGUCUGCAGCAGAGAUCAAGAAGAACUACUACAAGGUAGCCUUGAAGCUGCAUCCUGACAAGAACCAGGACGACCCAGAGGCUAGCGUCAAGUUCCAGAAGCUGGCUCAGGCUUACCAGGUCCUCAGCGACCCAAAGCUUAGAGAGAAGUACGAUCGGGACGGUGCCGACGCCAUCCGCGACCAAGCACUCCCCAACAUCGAUCCCGGUCUUUUCUUCAGCAUGCUGUUCGGCGCGGAACAGUUCGAGAAGUACAUCGGGAAGCUAUACCUCGCCAUGCAGACGGAUCACCUGGCCAAGGAUAUUCAAAAGGAUUUCGAGCGGCACGCGCAGGGCGGCCAGGAUGGCGUCCCAGGCCGCGACGUGAUCGGCAGCUCCCUCGAGCGAGAACUGAAGUGGGGCUCGGACAAGAAGGGCAACCAAAUCAAGCGCCAGCAGUUCGUGCGGGAGGUGACUUGCGCCACUCAGCUGGUGAGUCGCCUAGAGCGUUGGGUCGUGGGCCGGAACAUGGAUGGCUGGACGAAGAGUGUGCUGAAGGAGACAGCCGAACUGUCCCAGGUCUCCUUCGGAGGCCGCCUCCUGAGGACGAUCGGGUGGGUCUACGAGUGCGCCGCCGAUCAAUACCUCACCAGCCUUUGGGGCAACUUCACGGUGGACGGUCACCUCCAAUCGUGGAGGGACUCUGCCCACAACACUUCCAUGAAACUCACCACCAUGUCCUCCGUCGCCCGAAGCGCAAUGGCUGUAAAGGAGAUGACGGAUGCGGCCGGGGCAGGGAUGUCUGACGAGGACCAAGCCAAACGCGAUGAGGCGGCCAGACAGGCCAUGACUUCAUUCGAAGGAUCUCUUCCCGUAUUUCUGCAGACCAUCUGGGAUGUCUCGCAGAUGGACAUCGAGAGCACGUUGUACAAAGUCUGCGACAAAGUUCUCAAGGACAUGAGCGUUCCCUGGCAAAUUCGAUACCGACGAGCACAGGCCCUAAAGCGCCUAGGCCAGAUGUUCCGAGAUGCAGGACAGGUAGAGAAGGACAUCUCCAACUCACAGGUGGCGAAACAGCAGCUGGAAGAGGCAUUGUACAGCGCCAUCCGGGAAAAGACCUAG